AUGGACACAUUGUUGGACGUGGCUUCGACGGUGGGGUCUGUCGUGCAGGACUUCGACCGCCAUGCCGUCCUGUGGGCCCUCAUCCUCGGCAUCAUCCUCGCCUUCCUUCUCGGUGCGGGCAUGGGCGCCAACGACGUCUCCAACGCGUUCGGAACUUCUGUCGGUAGGACUCGACCAGCCAGUUUUCCGCAAGCGCUUCCUUUUAGGCAGCGGCGUCGUCACAAUCAUCCAAGCUUACAUACUAGCGUCUAUAUUCGAGACCCUUGGGUCAGUUCUCGUUGGUAAGAUGAGCUUCUUAAGCGUGCAUGUGCAUUGAUUCGAAAUCUAGGCUGGAAAGUGAUAGGGACAAUGCGAGGCGGUGUCAUUGAAGUGAAAGAGUACGAGGACCAGCCGGAAGAGUUGUUCCUCGGUCAGGUGGCGAUCCUCGGAGGCUGUGCCACCUGGCUAAUGAUCGCCACAGUCCUGCACAUGCCCGUGUCGACGACGCAUUCCAUCGUCGGCGCCACUGUCGGCUUUUCGAUUGUGUUGCGUGGUUUGGCUGGCAUAAACUGGUCGGAGAUUGUCCGUAUCGGUAAGAAUUCUCGCUCUUUUGUUGUUGAAGAAGUAGAAAUUCCAGUGAUUUCCUGGUUUGUUUCACCUCUACUUUCUGGUUUCAUUUCUACCGUUCUCUACAUUGUCGUCGACCAUUUAGUGCUCAGACAAGUAGGAAGAAGGCUUUUCGAUGAUGCAGUUUCAAUAACCAACUUCAGUCGGACUCGGUGAAGGCCGGACUGAGAGUCCUGCCGGCAUUCUACUUCGUUUGUCUGACUUUUAACACGGCAAUGGUCACGUGGGAUGGAUCUCCGCGUAAGUUUCUUUUGAUCGAACUGUAGUUCACUUCUGGCUUUCAGUUUUGUAUCUCAACCACCUGCCAUGGUGGGCUAUCAUCUGCAUUUCUCUGGGGGUCGGAGUCCUGGCUGCGUUCUUCGCUCAUUUCGUCUUACGUCCACGAAUUCUCAGGAAAAUUCAAGGUAGCGUUAUGAAGAGGCGCGUCAGUGGAGAUUCUUCAGAAUCAACAACACAACCAUCGACACCAGAGGAAGAGCCAGAGAUCUCGAAAAUUCCUUUGGACCUAGAACUGACCAAAAAAGGAGAUUUGGAGUCGCAGAUCGAUAGCGGAUCUACGCUUUCUGGUUCGUUAGACCCGCUGGUUCAUCGAAAGAGUUUUGAUUCAAGCUGCCCAAAGAUUCUGGCUGUGGUUGAUGCCCGACAAAAAUAGACCCGUCGACGAAAAAACAACCAAGCUUUUCGGAACUAUUCAAGUAUUUCCACACAUUCGGAUCUUUUUCAGAUGGCAAUUUUCAGAUAUUCACUGCUUGUUUCGCUGGGUUCGCCCACGGUGCCAAUGACGUCUGGUAAACCAACCAUGCCAAUUCUUCUAGACAAAAACUUGCUUCAGUAACGCUGUCGCUCCUCUGGCCUCGCUGAUCUCUAUUUACCGGACUAAAUCAGUCUACGGGACCGAAGACGUUAGUUCAAAUUUCGCUUGAAACGACCGCCGCCGCAACAAACAUUGUGUAAUGCGAUUAUAAGGCGAAAAGCAAUUAUCAGGAUAUUCGUAGAGUUGAUACGCUAUUUGUUUUUUGUCGCCGAUGGGUAAAUAAAGCUUUUCGGCAGCGGUAGUAGUUGUUAAAAAGUCAGUAGACAUUAAAACUAUUAGGAGAGUUGAAAAUAAGAAACGGUUUUCCUACAAAAUGAAAACUAGAUUCAUGUUGAGACCAUAUAUUUGUUUAGUUUCAGAUCAAAAAAAUUUGAGUCAACUAUUUGUUUAAGCUUUGCUUUUUUUGUUCUAAAAAAAUGUCUCUAACAGCCUACCUUUCACAAUUUCACACUAUAUCAAAAAGUUCUUUAUUUCAAGAAAUUUUUAUAAUGAAAAAAAUGUAUAAAAAGCAGCUACCAGCUCAGGUGCCAAUCUACGUCGUUCUGUACGGAGUUUUCGCAAUUUGCGUGGGACUGUGGCUUCUGGGUCACCAUGUCAUCCGGACUGUCGGCACGAAAAUGUCGGAAAUCAAUCCGGCCAGUGGAUUCUGCAUCGAGUUUGGCGCGGCCAUGACUGGGCUUCUCGCCAGCAAACUAGGCCUCCCUAUCAGCACCACGCAUUGCCUGGUAACCGCCGCAAAAACGACGCCUUGAGUUCUUUGGUUGAGGUCGGCUCCGUGGUGGCCGUCGGAAGCAUUCGCUCCGGCGAAGGCGUCAAAUGGGGCAUAUUCCGGAGCAUUGUCCUGUCCUGGGUGGUCACUCUUCCAGUCGCUGGUUCGUUUCAUCUUUUUUCUUUCGGUUCUUCUUCAGUUGGGCUCAGUAGAAGACUUUAUGAUCUUCUUCUUCUUGCAGGACUGGUUUCGGCGGGAAUCAUGAUUUUACUAAAGUUGGUAGCGUUAUAA